GCGCACUGGCUGCUAAGCUGUAGGAACCCGAGUUCUGAAGACUGUCGGGGUUCAUUUCUGCUGAAUCGGAUUCCUGGGGAACGGCUAAUUUCAUUUCCUUACCUCUAAGUCCCCGCAGCCCUAGGCGGGGUCCGAAGUUCAAGAGCUGCGGGGCGCGAGCCCGCGUCUCUUCCUCCCGUUACUGCGGGAGUUUUGUAGCUGCGGGUCGAGCCCCGGGACUCCGCCCAUGGCGGGGCUGCGGGUAGAGGUCGACGGUGGGAUUUUGGAAGGGGGCGGCCAGAUCUUGCGGGUGUCUACGGCCCUGAGCUGUCUUCUAGGCCUCCCCUUGCGCGUGCAGAAGAUCCGAGCUGGCCGCAGCACGCCUGGCCUGAGGCCUCAACAUUUAUCUGGACUGGAAAUGAUUCGGGAUUUGUGUGAUGGACAGCUGGAGGGGGCAGAAAUUGGCUCAACAGAAAUCACCUUUAAACCAGAGAAGAUCAGAGGUGGAACCCACACAGCUGAUACCAAAACAGCAGGGAGUGUGUGCCUCUUGAUGCAGGUCUCAAUGCCCUGUGUUCUCUUUGCUGCUUCUCCAUCAGAACUUCGUUUGAAAGGUGGAACGAAUGCUGAAAUGGCACCACAGAUUGAUUAUACGGUGAUGGUUUUCAAGCCAAUUGUUGAAAAAUUUGGUUUCAAAUUUAAUUGUGACGUUAAAAUGAGGGGCUAUUACCCCAAAGGGGGUGGUGAAGUGAUUGUCCGAAUGUCACCGAUUAAACAGUUGAGCCCGAUAAAUUUAACUGACCGUGGUUCUGUGACUAAGAUAUAUGGAAGAGCUUUUGUUGCUGGUGUUUUACCAUUUAAAGUAGCAAAAGAUAUGGCAGCAGCAGCAGUAAGAUGUAUAAGAAAAGAGAUCAGGGAUCUGUAUGUUAAUAUCCAACCUGUUCAGGAACCUAAAGACCAAGCCUUUGGCAAUGGAAAUGGAAUAAUCAUUAUUGCUGAAACAUCAACUGGCUGUUUGUUUGCUGGAUCAUCACUGGGUAAACGAGGAGUAAAUGCUGACAGAGUUGGAAUUGAAGCUGCUGAAAUGCUAUUAGCUAAUCUUAGACAUGGUGGUGCUAUGGAUGAGUAUCUGCAAGAUCAGUUGAUCAUUUUCAUGGCAUUAGCCAGUGGAGUUUCCAGGAUAAAAACAGGACCAGUUACAUUGCAUACACAAACGGCUAUACAUUUUGCUGAACAAUUAGCAAAGGCUAAAUUUACCGUGAAGAAAUCAGAAGACGAAGAAGAUGCCUCUAAAGAUGCAUAUAUUAUAGAAUGCCAAGGAAUUGGGAUGACAAAUCCAAAUGUGUAGGAUAUUUGCCUUUUAAAUAAUACCUCAGUGAUGUAUUGCACUAAUUCAUUUCAUAAACACUAAACCACAAUGAAGAAGAAAUAACUCAUUAAAGGACCGGACUUAAAUUUCAAGAUGAAGUACAGUGUUCUAGGUUUGCUGAGAAUGCUUCAUCAAAUUAAUCUCUUUGAAUAUCUUCCAAGAUAGGAACAAUGCAAUCUGAGAGUUGGUAGAUAUGUAUGAUAGCUGAUUUCAAUAUUAAAGUAUUAAAAUAAAAUAUUCUUUUCAUCGGAA